CUGGAAAGGCUUGAAGUAAUUUGUGCACUUGAACUUGUUCUGCAAUGGCUACAGACCUUCCAUACGCUGCUGACGCUGAAGUCUCAUUAUCCUACGACGAGCUCGAGGUCCUACGGCUACAAUACGAGAAGGAGCUUGCGCAGUCUCACAUCACCGUCCAGACUAAAUUUAACUAUGCAUGGGGACUGGUGAAGAGCCCAGUACGCGAACACCACGUCGAGGGUGUGCGCCUGCUGCAAGAUAUAUACCGGACAGAGCCGACAAGACGGCGGGAGUGUUUGUACUACCUAGCACUUGGAUACUAUAAGAUGGGCAACUUCACAGAUGCAAGAAGCUUCAACGACCUCCUGCUUUCAAGGGAGCCCACCAAUUUGCAGGCCCAAAGUCUAGCAUCCCUGAUAGACAAGGGUGUUGCACGAGAGGGAUACGUUGGUAUGGCACUUGCAGGCGGCGUAGCCGCAGUAGGCACCCUCCUCAUUGCGGGUCUCAUACGGCGAGCAACCCGCAAAUAACUCGAAAUGCAGAACUCUGACACGACUUCUUAUUUACACUAUCGCAUCAUGAUUCGUCACCCUGGUUGUCUGCAUCACAAAUUAUUCUAUAUCAUGAUUAUCCCCUCUGCGCAAUACACUAUCUCGUAAAUAUGGGUCACUGGGUCUGUAUGUACAGUAGUCGUUAGAUUUUGAGCAUUAUGGACGCAAUGCUAUAUAUCUGUCAAAUAUAUACUACCUUCUCUACUCCACUAAAACCUAAAUGUGAA